AUGUUUAAUGCAAAGGAGCAACGAAAGAGGCAAAUUGAUACUCUAAAAGUGUUUAACGAUAAUGUUUCAGAAAUUAAAGAAAGUGAAAAAUAUGCAAUUAAGUUCAUGUCUGGAAAGAAUGAGAUAUCGCUAGUAAUUGAACUGGAUCAUGAUUUUCCUUACAAUAUUCCUAAGCUAUCUGUCGAGCCUAAAUUUCAACAUAAAUGGAUAGAAAAUGAUCAGAUAACGAAAGCUCCUGGAAUUUUAAAUUUUUCAAUCAAUUCUGAUUUGGGGAGAGUAUGUCAAGUUAUAAUUAGAGAGUUUGAGAAGAAUCCAGUUCAGUUUCAAUCGCAACAGAUUGUUGAGCCUGUAAAGAUCCAGUCGUCAAUAAAGGAGAUUGAGGGAUUAGAAAUAGAUCAACUAUAUGCACUACUAAAUGACGAUCAAUGCUUAGAUGACUUUAUUGAAGAACUUCAGACUGUAAGAACGUUAAAUAUUGAACUUGAUUCAUUAAUUGAGAGUAAUGAGAAGCAAGCUGUGACUAAUUUGCAAAAGGAAGGAGAACUGAAUAAGCUGAAAGAAUCAAUCGAGUCAUUAUCUUUAGAUUUUCUUAAUUUAGGCUCAAAAUAUGAGGCUACGAAUAAAAAGUAUCACGACAAGUCUCAAGAAUACUUGCCAGAGAAUAUUAGACAGCUUCUAGAAAUAGCUGUAUCCAAUGCAGAGUACCAAUGUGAGGAAUCUGUUGAUGCAUUUCUAAAUGGCAAGCUGUCAUCAAGUCAAUUCCUUGAGAACUUUAUGGAAAUUAAAAAGCUAAUUGCAAUCAGGAAGUUUAAAGAGGAGCGGUUAAAUUUUCAGCUGAACCAACUCAAAUUGUGA